ACACCCCUCACUGUGAUUGGCUGCGUGCUUUGAAUGUUCAGCUGAAGGUGAAGUGUUCCACAAAACGUACUUUAUCAAGAUCAAAAUGUCAUCCAGUGGACUUUUAACCAUUCGGGCUGGAACAUGCAAGCGCCUGAUCCACAAAUACCUCUCAAGAACCUACACCACAGGUCCAUCUCUCAAUGAAGUGGUCAUUGUCAGCGCAGUCCGCACUCCAAUGGGUUCCUUCAAGGGCAGUCUGGCAGCAGUUCCAGCUACAAAACUGGGCUCUGUUGCUAUAAAGGGAGCAAUAGAGAAAGCAGGAAUAAAGCCUGAAGAUGUGAAUGAGGUCUACAUGGGGAAUGUACUUCAAGCAGGAGAAGGACAGGCUCCCACCAGACAAGCCUUGCUUGGAGCAGGUUUAACACUUGGCACUCCAGCAACAACAAUUAAUAAAGUUUGUGCAUCGGGGAUGAAAUCAAUCAUGAUGGCAGCUCAGAGUCUAAUGUGUGGACACCAGGAUGUGAUGGUGGCCGGAGGUAUGGAGAGCAUGUCCAAUGUGCCUUACGUGAUGGCCCGAGAAACACCAUCCUACGGUGGGGUUAAAAUGGAAGACCUCAUUGUGAAGGAUGGACUCACUGAUGUAUAUAAUAAAUUCCACAUGGGCAAUUGUGCAGAGAACACCGCUAAGAAGAGCAACAUCACCAGGGAGGAGCAAGACAGCUUCGCCAUCGGCUCAUACUCCCGCAGCAAAGCAGCAUACGAGUCAGGAAUUUUGGCGAAGGAGAUCGUUCCAGUUAGCAUCCCACAGAGAGGCAAACCUGAUGUGGUCGUGUCUGAGGAUGAGGAGUGGAGGCGGGUGGACUUUAGCAAAGUUCCCAAACUUAAGGCAGUGUUUCAGAAAGACAAUGGCACAGUGACUGCCGCCAAUGCAAGCACGCUGAACGAUGGGGCUGCUGCCCUUGUGUUGAUGACGGCAGACGCUGCAAAAAGACAUAAUGUCACUCCACUGGCCAGGAUUGUAUCUUUUGCUGAUGCAGCUGUAGCACCAAUUGAUUUCCCCAUUGCUCCUGCGUACGCCGUACCAAAAGUCCUGGACGCUGCUGGGUUGACCAAAAAUGAUAUCGCUAUGUGGGAGAUCAACGAGGCCUUCAGUGUGGUCGUUCUGGCCAACAUUAAAAUGCUGGACAUUGAUCCUACAAAAGUAAACGUCAACGGGGGAGCCGUGUCACUCGGACACCCCAUUGGGAUGUCUGGAGCAAGAAUUGUUGGUCAUAUGGUGCACAACCUUAAGUCGGGCCAGUACGGUCUGGCAGGUAUCUGCAAUGGAGGCGGUGGAGCCUCCUCUAUUAUUAUCCAAAAGUUCUAAAGAAAAAAUAAAAUGGAAAAGGGACGCUUCAAGCUCCUUUAAUACCCUCUGUGAAAUGUGUGGUAAGGGCUCAGAGUCCGAAUGGUUUGCUAAGCUCCGUUUUAUUAUGAAGAAUGCAAUUUUUUUUCUCAAGCUCCAAUGCAGGUGGCCUAUUUAUACAGCAAACAAAGGCUCAAGUUCUCUGACAUCAUGACUCCGAUGUUACACUCCUUUGUCAAACAAUUAGGUGAUAAAAUAAGUUAAUAUUUAACUCUGAAUUGAAAUGGCUGAAUAAAUAGUUUUUAUUAAA